AUGGCUUUCUUCGGUCUUGAUCUUGCCCAGAAGGGUCUUUCCCUCUACACUCUCCCGGCAGCUCUUGCGAUGGCGAUGCUGCCCAACAUCUACGCCGCCGAAUUGUCAGGACCGCAUUAUGACCUUUGCAACCCGCGAAAGCUUCAGAACAGCAUCAUCGCUGAUGACAAGCUGGAGAAGAUCGUAAAGGAACGUAUCCUCCGCGCCAAGGCGGCGUCCGAAAACGCCUUCGAGACGCUGGGUUUCCAUUCUGCCGCCGUCGUGGCUGCCAACGUAGCCGGCGUCGAUCCUCACACCGUCAACGUCCUUACCCUUGGCUACGUGGUCUGCCGAGCUCUGUAUAACAUCAUUUACGUACGUCUGCAGGACAAUCGCAACUUUGGCCCGCUGCGAAGCCUUGUGUGGAUGGUUAGCAUCGGGAUCAGCCUCAGCCUGUAUUUCAAGGCAGCUGCCCAGCUGGCGUCUUCCUAG